AUGCUCAGCGUUGCCUUUGUGCACCUGAGUCUUUUGCUGGCUCUGGCCAACGGCGUAGUCUGUUACCGCUCUGGGCAAGCUACCAACUGGCGCAACAUUACCAUAGAUGACCACAAUCCUUCCAUCUUCUACUCUGGUCCAUGGAAGAGGACGAGGGUAUACGACGAGCUCUACUAUGGAGGUGCUGUCACAUUCUCCAGUUCUUCAUUCGACUCGAAGGCGUCUGCCUCUUUCACGUUCAAUGGUACGGCUUACUACUUCAUAAGUCCGAGAUUCCCUUUGCCGAUCACCAUCUCCCUCUCCCUUGACGAGGGCACGCCUAUUACCGUCAAUCUCCAAGACCCGUACUUCGCGCGUACCACGCACUCCUUCGACAGUCAUAUUCCUCGCAGACUCGGAGGUGGGCACACACCGGCUCAUGGACCCCCGGUAUCCUAUUACGGCUCCGGUGGAGACAACGACAGCGAUCCUACCAGUCCCCCUGAGAAAGACGAAGUCAUUCGCCCAUCCGUUCCCGGCGGCGACGACAGAGAUACCCGUCUCAGGAGCCCAACUGUUCCCUCCCAUAUCGUGGCCUUCCAGCAUGGUCUCGAUCCCACUGUUGAGCACACUCUUCGAGUCUUCUCGCCUUUGGAUGGGCUAGUUGUUCUGGAUGCGAUAAUGUAUACCACGGCUGACCACGACCCCGGUGACGACCCCUCAACCCCACCAUCUUCUUCCCCUGACUCUCCCGACGGCCAGUGCCACACCCAGACCAUCGCCGAAGAGUGGCUGUCCAUUGCAAAGACACUCGCUACCAUACUCGCCUCCACGUCCGCUGGGUUCUACCUCAGAACCAAGGUGGACAUCCGCAUUGACAUGGAUCAUUAUAAGAUCUAUUUCUGGAGGAAGAAUGUCGAGGAUAGCGAAUCGACGGGUAGCGAAUCGACGAGUAGCCAAUCGAGGGGUAGCCAAUCGACGAGUAGCCAAUCGCCGCCACAAACCAAUGACGAGCUCGCCGGGUCACCGUUUCGAGUUCUUGGAGGGUUGCCUGACUCUGCAAAUAAUCACCCUCCCUCGUCGCAGGCAGACACUCUUCAGGGAACGCCCCUGAGCCAACCAGUACCACUGGUCCCAGAGUCACCAUCGGUACACGUCCUCAGGCUGUCGCAACCUCAUCGAAAUUUGGAAGGCUUAGGAGAUGAUAUACCAGCUCCCGAGCCAUUUGGAAAUCACGGUCCAAACGAGGAAUCCGGCGCUACUGCUUUGCUUGUUUUAACUCCCUAA